UCCUGGUACACAUGGCAGCAGCUAACUACUGAACAGAAUUCACAUAUUUUAUCUGUCAGUUAGAAUUGGAUGUGGUCCUGUAACCAUCGUAAAUUAGCUUUAAAAAAAAAAACCCGGAUAUAUUGUGCUCAAUUUCAAGGUGUCAUCUCGAUUGCUAAUUUGCUUCGUUAACUAGUGGGGAUUUAAAGAAUAGCGUCUAUGUGGCAGCUAACGUUAGAUGCCUCGCUACCUUGUUUACCUCCUUUGGAGGUGUUUCCACCGACGUUUAAACUAGUAACUUAGGUUUAAUUGUUAACCGUGUGAGCAUUCUUUGAUCAUUCAGAUCAAUAAAAACGCAUGACUAGGAGUCAGAACAUACAUCGGUUGCUAAGUAAAUAUUAAUGUCAGUUUGACAGCACGAUUCCCUUAUCGUAACUUUAAAUGUAUUUAAUUAAAGAUGCGUCAGCCCACACCUCAAACUUUAUGCUGAACCUGCGUUUGCCUCGUUUAAUGUUGUAAUUUAACCAACUGGUCCGGUGAUUUUCUGAAUAUCAUCCCGUUAUUUGGUGGACAAGAUGAUACAGAGUAGUUCUAGUCAGGACAGUGACAGACCUUUCGUCAGUGUCAGGUUCACCACCUUCGUUACUGGUACCCUUUGCUUGCCAUUUUUGGGCUUGAUCUCUUGCAUUUUUAUCUCGGUUUUUUUUCACUUUGAGGAUGCCACGAAAACCCACUGCCAGGUUCCUAACUACCUCCCCUCCAUCAGCGCUUCCAUAGGUUUGACCCCUGAGCGCUAUAUCUGGCGCUUCUGCAUCGGAUUGCACUCUGCGCCUCGGUUCCUAAUGGCAGUGGCAUAUUUCACAUUCUACCACGGACGCUUAACUAACAACUGUUUGGUGGAGCUGCUUAGCUACCUCAAUCUAACCUGCGCCUUCAGUGAAAAUAUUGGCCUGCUGCUUCUCACCUACGUAUCCUCAAAUGAGACCCACAGCAUCCAUAAGAAGGGUUUCGUGGUGUUCACUGGCAGUGCACUGAUUCACAUGCUGAUUACCUGUUUGCUGUGGAGAGCCAUCAAGAUGUAUUCAAUGAGUCAUGAGUUGCUGAAGUCUUACUGGUGGAAAAGGCGGCUCUGUGUCUCCAGUGUGAUUCUGUGUGCUGCGGCCAGUGGCUUUUACUGGAAGCACAACAAGUUCUGUGAGCCAGGAAUCUACACACUCUUUGCUCUCUGCGAGUAUCUGAUGGUGUUCUGCAACAUGGCCUUCCACCUGACAGCCUUCUGGGAUUUUGGCCACACGGAUGUUACCCUUGCCGCCCCACAAGAGCUGAAGCUCAUCUGACGCGGGGGGUGCCUGCUCUUUCCCUCUGAAUCAUGGGAACCAUUA